AUGUGCAUCUUACAGAUCAGCAUGAAAACUUCAACGACAAUGUUGUUGAGAAGAAUAGUCAACAGUAAUUACAAUCCUUUUCAUGUUAUUCCAAAACCGGAUGUUUGGCUAAAUCGUGAACGGCUUCAUCGUUUCACAGCGGUUAGUUUUUUGCGUGCAAAACUUGAGUUGAAGCUCAUUAUAUCCCAGUGUGUUGAGAAACUGUGUCUCUGAAUUAUUUCAGUGGCAAUACGCAUCCGAGAGAACUACUGUAAAAGGAGCGAACCGUAAAUUGGACAAGAUUUUUCAUUAUCUGGACAUGCAGCGUCUCGAUGAGCCAAAAUUAGAGAAACACGUAUGUUUUAUUCAUCUAUUAGUACAGUUCUCAUCCAAGUACGUUCCGAAUAAACUAAACGGAAAAGCAACUAUCAGAUUCAUAUCGUUAAACUGUUUUUUUUUUCUCGAAUGGUUUUUGUUCGUAGUACGCUGAAGAGCGAGUGACAACCGCGCUGGCCGAACACGACAUGCAGUAUCCGCAGUUCAAGGCGAUUUUGGCCAGGUCUCACAUUCUGCUCGAUAACAUCGUCCUUUCGCAGCUCGCCAUCUACGAGCCUCGCUCUUUCCGAGUUUGUCACUUUUUCUCCUAAAAACAAUUUUUUCGAGUUUGAUUGCUUGCAGUAAUUUGAAUAUAGCCGGUUCACAGUUGGCUUGAGUCGUAUGAUAAAGUUCUUCACACGAUUAAGAAACAUAGAGUAUAAUUUUAGGAAAUCGGGACAAUGCCGCGUGUUUCAGGCCAAGUCAGAGAGAAUAGGCUAUAUAUAUAUUUUUUUUUCAAACAGAAUAAAAAAUGUUUUGGUUUUCUUAGUCUUUCAAAUUUUUUUUCAUUUUUUGAACAAAUCGACUUUUAUGAUUUCAAGCCCUUACAGAGUUUGGUAUCAUACGCGAAAGAAAUGGCCCGACAAGAAGGGAAACCUGUUAUUCCUGACGACCCCGAGUUUGCUUACGAGGUGUGUAUAACAAUACGCUUUUUUCGUGAUUUGAAGACACUCAAAUAAUAUUUCGGGCAAAACGGAAAAGCUCCACGAACUCACGGUUCUCAAAAGGUUUUUUUUUGCUUUCGAAAAAAGACUUUUUGAGAGCCUCAAAAAUGUUGUUAUUUUCCGUUCACACCAAAAAGCUUGAAUGCAACGGAAAAUAUUCCAGAUUAUUCAAAAAGGUUUCACUGAGGCUAUGAAAAAGGCAAUGAGAAAAGUGCCAUAUAUUUUUCAUGGUUAUUCAUAAAGUUCAGAAAUAUUCAAAAAAAUAUGAUUUCUCAUCAAGAAAAAUAGUUUCUUUCGAACUCUCCGAUGAAAUUUUGUUCGUGUUUUUUUCUUUCGGUAGAAUAAACGAAAAUUGUAGUCCAGAAUUAUUAUAAAUUUGGUCACUUCUUUAAAUAUGUAAUGACACAAAAGUGAAAAAAAUAAUAAUCCAAACUGAUAUAGCCUAUUCCGCGCCAGCUUGUCAUUUCCCGCCAAAAAGACCAUAUACCAAAUUUGAUCAAAUUUGACCAAUUUCGCUUCACGACCAUUGUUUUUUGCUUAGUUUUUUUUUUGCAGUUUUUUAGAGUUCCGCGCGAGGCAGUCACGUUUUCAAAGAACAGCAGAAAAAAAGCAACGCUAUAAAGAGUUUUUUUUUUUAUCGGAAUUCUGCUCUUAAAACAGCAAAAAAACAAAGGUCUUAAAGCGGAGUUGGUCAAAUUUGGUCAAGCUUGAUACAAGGUAUUUUAGCACGUCUGCUAUAGCUUAUUUCGCGCCAGCUUGUCACGUUUUUCUUUCGCCACAAAGACCGUAUACCAAAUUAGAUCAAAUUUCGCUUUUAUAACGGCAAGUAACAAGGGUCUUGAAGCGAAGUUGGUCAAAUUUGACCUGGCCUUUUGGCGGAAAGAAAAAUGUGAGAAGCUGGCGCGGAAUGGCCUAUAGAGAGUAAGAGUUCUAGGUGUGACUUUUUGAGAGAGAGACUCAAAAUAUUGUAGAAAUUUGUUCGAAUGACAAGGUCUGCAGGUUCACGUAGACAGCAACGUCCUGGAGACACCUUUCCCGCAAAGUCGCGUCUACCCUCGCGGCGCGACGGAAAAUCAUACGCGGAAACCACGAAAACUAAGACCUGAAGAGUUUUGA